GGGCAGGGCUCCCAGGCUGGGAGAUGGGCGCCGGGUUUCUCUCUGGGAGAGGAGAGGUCCCGAGGGGGCACAGGGAGGGAUAGCACAGGAGAAUGGAGAAGUGGGGACGGAAGCCCUUUGAUCUGUUACCUGGCAGGCUCCCUCCUUCCAUUCAUUCCCCUUAGCCUGGACGGUCUCUGGGUGGGCAAAGCCGGAGUUCUUGGAUUCCACCACAAUUUAGGAGCAGGAGUGACAAAGAAACCUUCAGACUAUCUGGGGGGUAGGGUGGGCACUUGGGUGGUACCCAAGCUUUUUUUUUUAAACCCUCACCUUUUGGAAUCAAUAUUCUGUAUCCUACUGGUUUCAAGGCAGAAGAGUGGUAAGGACUAGGCUGUGUGGGUUAAGUGACUUGUUCAGAGUCACACAGCCAGGAAAUGUGUCUGAGGCUAGAUUUCCCCCAGCUUUUAAGCCCAUAAUCCCAGAGUCCUUUGGGGCCUUUUCCUGCAUGGGGGGCCCUCCAUUCAAGUUGGGGUGCUGGACAGGACUCCUAGAGGACUCUGUGGAAGAGGGAACUUAAUCAGAGUUAGGAUGGAGUUUUCUGGCCCCAGGAUGUGGGAUGGAAGCCUCCAGACACAAUCAGUCCUCCCUUUUGUGUGCAUUGGGAUCUUGUGGACAGGCUGAGUUAAUAGCAAACCCGACCAACACCCUCUAACCCUGCCUGGGUCUUUCAGAAACCAAUAGGCUGCCCCAUCUUGAAAGAACGCCCCACUGGGUUCCGUCCAGUUUCUUGGGGGAUUAUUGCAAAAGAGAGGAGUCAGAGGGGAACAUAUUGGAACAGGAGAUGGGGACAGGUUGGGCAAUGUGUAGUGAGUGGGUGGUGGGGCAGCAGAGGACCAGAGGACAUGCCCUGCAUUACCCCCAACUUCCCAUCUUCGACCCCAAAGGGUCAACAGAGAUUGCCCCUCCAAUCCAUGAUGUCCCCAUAGAAGAUGAACAGGGGAGCAUCCCCUAUUUUGGGGGGCCCAGGCCAAUGGGAGCCCCCAAAUGUCUCCAUCCCAGUAUCAUCUCACAGGAAGUGACCUUUGUCAGUGUGGGUGGGCCACCGGUAUGACCUAGCUAGAGAUUUAGUUGUGGAAAAAGCAGUUCUGUGUCCAAGAAAGAGCCAGAAGACGGAGUUCAAAUUCCACCUCUGGUAUCUGGUGUGACCACAAGCCAAUGAUCAGUUCUCUUUUGUGGGGUUUCAGUUUUCCCAUAUGUAAAAUGAGCAGAGGUUGGACUAGAUGACCUCUCGGGCCCUUCUAGCUCUCAAUUUAUGAGGGAGAUUUGAAUUUGGGACCAGAGAGUAUUUUUUCUUGGCUGUUGGUUUUGGUUUUAUUUGGUGGAGUAGGUGAAGUUGUUAAAGCGCCAAUGUCUGUGACCCUAAAUCCUCGCAGUGAGGGGAGGGAGAUGGACCCCCAAAAAGGAAAGCAAGGGCCUCCUCUGAAACAUGGAGGAGGAGGCAUAGGGACCAUUCAACACAACUCCCUCAGUUUACCAAGGAGGAGACUGAGGCCUCGACAUGGAAUGUGACUUGACCCAAGUCCCAGAGCCCGGGAAGGCUGAGCCCCACAGCUUCAGGGAGAAGGUUUUCCGGAAGAAGCCGCCAGCCUGUACUGCCUGUAAGGUGACCGUCGAUGGGAGCGGCCUGGUGUGCAGAGUUUGCAAAGCAGCGGCACAUCGGAAAUGUGAGGCCAAGGUGACCACGGCGUGUCAGGCCCCGCCCCCUGUGGAGCUGCGGAGGAACACGGCGCCUGUGAGACGCAUCGAGCAUCUGGGAUCCACCAAGUCCUUGAACCAUUCCAAGCAGCGCAGCACCUUGCCCAGCAGGAGUUUCAGCCUGGACCCGCUCAUGGAGCGACGCUGGGACCUGGAUCUGACCUACGUGACGGAGCGGAUCCUGGCUGCCGCCUUCCCAGGGAGGUUCGAGGAGCAGCGGCACCGGGGCCACAUCCGGGAGCUGGCCCACUUGCUGCAGUCCAAGCACCGGGACAAUUACCUGCUCUUCAAUCUGUCUGAGAAAAGGCAUGACCUGAACCGACUGAACCCCAAGGUCCAGGACUUCGGCUGGCCCGACUUGCAUGCGCCGCCUCUGGACAAGCUCUGUUCCAUCUGCAAAGCCAUGGAAACAUGGCUGAGCUCGAGCCCCCAGCACGUGGUGGUGCUCUACUGUAAGGGCAACAAGGCCAAGCUCGGGGUCAUCGUGGCGGCCUACAUGCACUACAGCAAGAUCUCGGCCAGCGAGGACCAGGCUCUGGCCACGCUCACCAUGCGCAAGUUCUGUGAAGACAAAGUGGCCUCCGAGUUCCAGCCCUCCCAGCGAAGGUACAUCAGCUACUUCAGCGGGCUCCUGUCCGGCUCCAUCCGAAUGAACAGCAGCCCCCUGUUCCUCCACCACGUGCUCAUGCCCGUCCUGCCCGCCUUUGAGCCAGGCGCCGGCUACCAGCCCUUCCUCAAGAUCUAUCAGUCCAUGCAGCUAGUCUAUACAUCUGGAAUCUAUCACAUCUCGAACCCGGGGCCCCAGCAGCUCUGCAUCAGCCUGGAGCCGGCGCUUCUCCUCAAAGGGGAUGUCCUGGUGACAUGCUAUCAUAAGGGGGGCCGGGAGUCCGAGCGCAGCCUCGUGUUCCGGGUGCAGUUCCACACGUGCACCAUUCACGGACCCCACCUCACCUUCUCCAAGGACCAGCUGGAUGAGGCCUGGACCGAUGAGAGGUUUCCCUUCCAAGCCUGCGUGGAGUUUGUCUUCUCCUCCGGCCCUGAGAAAAUUAAAGGCCGGGAGCCCCCACGAAAUGAUGCCUCCGUCUCUGUGGACUACAACACCACCGACUCGGCCAUCCGCUGGGACUCCUACGAGAACUUCAACCAACACCCCGAGGACGGCGGGGACGGUUCCCCAACCCACACCCGGGGACCCCUGGAUGGCAGCCCUUAUGCCCAGGUACGGCGGGCCCCCAGGCCCUCCCCAGAGGAGAGACACCCCCCACCUCCGCUUCUCUCAGUCAGCAGUGACUCGGGCCACUCUUCCACCUUGACCACGGAGCCCCCGGCUGACUCCCCUUCUCGGCCUCCUCCUACUCCUGCUGAGCGUCAGGAGUUGGAGCGACUUCUGGGAGGCUGCGGCAUAGGUGGGGUGGGCCGUGGAGUGGGCCGCGAGACCGCCAUUUUGGAUGAAGAAGACCAGCUGCUCCCUGGGCGUGGUGCCCCCCUUGGGGUCUACCCGAGCCAAAGGCCCGGCCUGAGCCGACACUGUUCCUGUCGCCACGGCUAUAGAGAGCCCUGUGGGGCCCCCAACGGAGGGGGCUACUACAGACCGGAGGGGACCUUAGAAAGAAGGCGGCUCGCCUAUGGGGGUUACGAGGCCCUCCCUCCGGGCUAUGGGGAAGUGCCCCUGGAGAAGAGACAGCUUUGCCGAUCUCUGUCCGAGGGGCCGUACCCUUACCCACCCAAGCUGGGCAAACAGGCCAAUGGGGAAUUUGGCUACCGCCUGCCUGGCUAUCGAGACGUAGUGAUCUUGGAGGACGGGGGUCUGCCCGCUUUGUGCUCGUGCCCGGCCUGUGAAGAGAAACUGGCACUGCCCACAGCCGCCCUCUAUGGCCUCCGACUGGAGAGGGAGACGGGCGAGGGGUGGGCGGGAGAGCCAGGGAAGCCCCUUUUGCACCCUCUUCGGUCUAGGCACCCGGUGCCAUUGCUAAUGCCCACUUAUGGACACCACCAUGCUGCAGUGCCUGACUACAAUUGCCUGAAGCAGCCUAAGGCCGGAGAGGACGGCCACGAGGGGUACCCCUAUGCUCUCUGCCCUGAAGGAAGGUACGGGCAUCCAGGGUACCCUGCCCUGGUGGCAUACAGCAGUGGGGGAGCCAUGCCCGGGUACUGCCCCACGUAUGGGCGGCCCUCCCGGGGCUACGCAUCACCCAGUGAGAGCAGAGGCUAUCCCAACCCUGGAGGCCACCCUCCCUGCCCUGGCUCCUCCUACCCACCAUCCAGCAAGCUGAGUUACGAGAUCCCUCCUGAGGAGGGCGGGGAUGGGUACCCAUUGCCGGGGCACCUGCCCCACCCAGGCCGCCUGGCACCUCCAGAUUCGCCCGAACCAGGCUUAUGGCAGGAGGGCCCCAAUGGGCACAUCCCUCUCCCGCAGCCAACCCCAAACGCCCAGGGCAUGGAGAGUUCUCCAUCGGAUCUGUCUGGCUCCCCGACCCCUCUUCAUACCAGCAGCCCAGUCCAGGGCAAGGAAAGCCCCCAGACCCGAGAGAGUCGGUCCCCCAGCCUGGCCCCUGCCUUGAGACCGAACCCAGGAGAAGCCGCGCUCUCGGCUCCCCAGAACGCCAAAAAGGCUCCAGAGCCGCCCUCUGCCGGUGGGACGGACCCUGCCCCCCCCAGCCCUCUCCACGCAGCCUCUCCUUCCAGCUCCCCCAGGGCCUGGCCCCCCGAGAGGAGCCCCCGGACGCCGGUGCCCACCACGCUGCCGGGCCUCCGUCAUGCCCCCUGGCAGGGUCCUCGCGGUCCCUCAGACAGCCCGGACGGGUCCCCCCUCACCCCUGUGCCCGUCCAGAUGCCCUGGCUUGUGGCUGCCCCCGAGCCCCCACAGAGCUCACCCACGCCCGCCUUUCCUCUGGCCGCGUCCUAUGAGUCCAAUGGCACGGCCCAGCCCCCCCUGCCGGAGAAACGGCACCCGCCCGCCAGUGGGCAGCCGGCCGGCCGACCGUGGGGCGGAGAGCAGGCGUCUCCCCCGGGCAGAGGGGCUGCCCACCACGUCACCUUCGCUCCACCGCUCCCCGACGAGGCCCCCAGCUCUCCAGAACCCCCUCCCCUGGAGAGCCAGAGCAACGUCAAGUUUGUGCAGGACACGUCCAAGUUCUGGUACAAGCCCCACCUGUCCAGAGACCAGGCCAUCUCCCUGCUGAAGGACCAGGAGCCCGGAGCCUUCCUCAUCCGGGACAGUCAUUCCUUCCAGGGGGCCUACGGGCUGGCCCUCAAGGUGGCCACCCCCCCACCCAGCGCCCAGGCCUGGAAAGGCGACCCCUCCGAACAGCUGGUGCGGCACUUCCUCAUCGAGACGGGGCCCAAAGGGGUGAAAAUCAAGGGCUGCCCCACGGAGCCCCACUUUGGCAGCCUGUCCGCCCUGGUGUCCCAGCACUCCAUUGCUCCCAUCUCUCUUCCCUGCUGCCUCCGAAUCCCCAGUAAAGAUCCCCUGGACAAGACCCCCGACGUGCUGGUGCACGCCAACAUGAGCACUGCGUCCGACCUCCUGCGGCAGGGGGCAGCCUGCAGCGUGCUGUAUCUGACCUCGGUGGAGACCGAGUCCCUGACGGGCCCCCAGGCGGUGGCCCGGGCCAGCUCGGCAGCCCUGAGCUGCAGCCCCGCCCCGACGCCAGUCACCGUGCACUUCAAGGUCUCGGCCCAAGGCAUCACUUUGACGGACAACCAUCGGAAGCUCUUCUUCCGGAGACAUUACCCCGUGAACAGCGUCACCUUCUGCAGCACAGACCCUCAGGACCGACGAUGGACCAACGCAGACGGAAGCACCUCCAAGAUCUUCGGUUUCGUGGCCAGGAAGCCGGGCAGCCCCUGGGAAAACGUGUGUCAUCUUUUUUCGGAGCUUGACCCAGACCAGCCAGCCGUGGCCAUCGUCACUUUCAUCACCAAAGUUCUGCUGGGACAAAGGAAGUGAAGAGGCCGAAGCCCCGGCCCGCGCCUGCCCCUUCAGCCCCCACUGAUCUUCCCUCACCUGGAUUCACAGCCAGGGCCCCACGAGGGGCUCCCUGACUCUCCCCACUCCCCGCCCCCACACCACCCCCAGCCUGACCACCACACACUGGAGGGAGUGAGCCAGCAUAGAUGGAAACUGUAGGUGAGCAGAGGGGAGGGGGAGAGCUCUGAAGUACUGGGGAGGGGCCCAGGACGUCCUGCCUGGAGCCUGCAUGGGCAAAGGGAGAAAGGGAAGGGGGGGGCCUUGGGUCCCCCUCCUGCUUCCUCCUACCGACCAGAGAAAGCAGGACCAGGAAGAGGUUCUAUGAAGAAAAAGAGUCUAUUUUUGUCUAAUAAAGAAUUUCUAUGAGCUUCA